AUGGGUAAUACUUUAAGCUGUUGUAGUGGGAAAGGUGUCAAUAACGAUGACCAUGAACAUAAAGAAUUGAAAAGUAAUGAUUCCCUUAAUAAUAUAAUUAACUCGGAUAAACCAUUACAAAACCAAAGUCCAUUAACAACUCCAGCAAUGGAUCUUGACAAUCAAUUCGGAAUGGAAUUGCCUAACGAAAUUAAAAGUGCCGAGGGCAAUGAAGGUGAUGAUAAGCUACCAGUAAAGGAUAAUGAUGGUAAUGACGAACCACCAGAGGAUCUUGAUAAUCAAUUUGGAAUAGAAUUACCUAAUGAAAUUAAAAAUGACGAGGGUAAUGAAGACGAUAUUAAGUUAUCUGAUUAUUUAUGUAAAAUUAAAUUUGAUAAUAAUUUUAAUAAAAUUUUUUUGGAAAAAAAAAUAGAGGUUGAUAAAAUUAAGGAUAAUGAUGUUGAUGAGGAACCACCAGAGGAUAUUGAUAAUCAAUUUUCAAUUAAGUUGCCUGAUAAUAUUGAUGACAAUGAGCCUCCAGAAGAUAUUGAUAAUCAAUUUUCAAUAGAAUUACCUGCUGAAAUCAAAAGUAAUGAUGGUGAUGAAAAACGAGUUGUUGAGGAUGAUAAACCCCCAGAAGAUAUUGAUAAUCAAUUUGACAUAGAAUUGCCCGUUGAAAUCAAAAGUAAUGAUGGCGAUGAAAAACGAGUUGUUGAGGAUGAUAAACCCCCAGAAGAUAUUGAUAAUCAAUUUGACAUAGAAUUACCUGUUGAAAUCAAAAGUAAUGAGGAUGAUAAACCCCCAGAAGAUAUUGAUAAUCAAUUUGACAUAGAAUUACCUGCUGAAAUCAAAAGUAAUGAUGGUGAUGAAAAACGAGUUGAUGAGGAUGAUAAACCCCCAGAAGAUAUUGAUAAUCAAUUUGACAUAGAAUUACCCGUUGAAAUCAAAAGUAAUGAUGGCGAUGAUUAA